CGGGGUUGAUCGAGAGAAGAUCGGGGAAAGUGGAUCGCACGGUCAUGGCAGAGAGUCGACAAAUAUGCUUUAACCACAAGCUGUAUGCUUCCCUUUCCCUGCCAUCUCCCAGGUCUCCUCCCUGGUCUAUAAUCCAGGUCAAGGUCAGAGUCAGCGUUCCCCGCGAUGCUUUCUCUCCUCCUCCUCGCCCUGCCCGCGUUCGCGACCGUCUACAUCCUGUACACCUUUCUGCUCCUGCUUAUUCGUCAACAUCUCUCUCCCCUGCGCUCUCUCCCUGGCCCUCCCUCGCACUCUUUCUUUAUGGGAAACUUGCGAGAGAUGCACGAUCAGGAGAACAACAACCUCGUCGCUCGCUGGACGGCGGCUUAUGGUCACACAUUCGUCUACCGAGGAUUCGUGGGCGGGUAUAGACUCAUGACAACUGACCCUCUCGCCGUGUCCCACAUACUAGGACACGCAUAUGACUUUCCAAAACCUGACUUUAUCAGGGAUGCCUUGGCAGAAAUGGCUGCCGGUCACGAUGGCCUUCUGACCGUAGAGGGAGAUGACCAUCGCAGACAACGGAAGAUCCUUACUCCCGCAUUCAGUGCAUCCCACAUCAAGACCCUCUCACCCAUAUUCUACAAGAAAGCGUCCCAACUGAGGGACAUCUGGCUUGACAUCAUCAACACUCAACCUCCCGAUACCCUCACCACAAAUCCCUCAUCAUCACCAUCAUCUACAUGUUCAAUUGGCUCCCCGCCAUCCUCACCUUCGGACCCUCUUGUUGUCCAACCGUCAUCGCCGAUACAAUCACAACCAUGUGGUUCCCCUGUGAGGACCACUUUGCCACUGGGUACCUCUUCUUUCCUCCCGAAUCCAUUUUCAGGGUUUAAACCGUCUAAGAGCGUCCCUACUCCGCCGUCACCGUCUUCUUCAUCGAGACAUUCGGCAUCGGGGGUGCUCUUGACUAACGGAGCUGGUCUCCGUCCUCGAAAGGCGAAAGCUGGGACAAAAGUGAAGGUGGUGGAUCUCGAAAACGCGCUUGCUACUUCCGAUACUACUUUAUCUUUGUCUUCAAGUUUUCCUACGCAAGCGACUUCGGAUUCGGAUCUUUCGUAUUCGAAGGAGGUAUCGACGGCCACGGCUGAACCAAAGCUACAAUCAAGAGGACCGAGAGUGGAUGUUCUGGCAUGGUUAGCAAGGGCGACGUUGGAUGUCAUUGGUGAAGCCGGAUUUGGAUACACUUUUGAUUCGCUAGGUAUCGCUUCAAGGUCUCUCCGACGCGGGAGACGCAUACGAAGAUCGCACCCCAAGUCGAUUGCUCGGGUCGCUUAUCCGUCACCCUUAUCACAUUCAUCGGCGUCCUCUUCACCCGCAGUCUCACCGAGUACUGACACAACCAUUGAGACGCCGGUGGAUCAACAGGCGGGGGAAAGUGAAGACCAGAGUGAUAGUGAUGACGAUGACGAUGGUCCCCAAUGGGAAGGAGAAGAAGAGGAAAAUGAAUUGGCGAGAGCGUUCGGGAUCAUUUUCAGUACUGCGAGGCAAUUUCGGGUGUUCACGAUCUUACAAGUGUGGUUUCCUAUCUUACGGCGGUUUAAACGGAAUAAUGCAACGAUGCAACACGCACAGGCGACUAUGCGACGAAUAGGAUUAGACCUUAUUACCAAGCGACAAGAAGACGUUAUUGCUUCCUCCUUUCCUUCUUCAUUAAAGGAGGGAAAACUGGAUAAAGAAGAAGAGUUGGACGAGAGGACAAAAGGGAGGGACUUGCUCAGUGUCCUAAUUUGUUCAAAUGCAUCUCCUACGCUUCCCCCAACCCACCGCCUAACUCUCCCCGAAACGCUCUCGCAGAUAAGCACUUUCCUAGCAGCAGGCCAUGAAACGACUUCAAGCGCUUUGACGUGGACGUUAUAUGCGCUCGCGAAGGAUGAGAAGGGGCGAGAGGUCCAGAGGGAGUUGAGGAGAGUUUUACGAACGAUAGAUAUCCCCGACUGUUUCGACCCAACCAAAAGCACCGGCACCACUGCAGAUUGUGAGGGAGAAGAUCACUUUGCGGGUGUGCUGGGGAAUGCGUAUCUGGAUGCGGUGGUUAGGGAGAGUUUGAGGAUACAUGCGCCUGUGACUUCGACUAUGAGGGUUGCCUUGAGGGAUAGCGUGAUCCCGCUGUCUUCACCUGUACUGUUUUCAUCUCCACCUCCUUCGCAUCGAUCAUCAAUCGCACAUUCCCCUCCUCCCCCUUUGUCCUCGUCAUCACCGCUUUCUUCUUCUACGGCUUCGUCAUCUCCACCCUCUUCAAUACAUUCAUUCGCGCCACCUCCACCUGCCCUUUCCAACAGCACACCAAGACCGGGACCACACUUCAUCCAGCUCAACAAAGGCGAUAUCAUCAGUAUCCCCAUCCAAGCGAUAAACAAGAGUCAAGCCGUGUGGGGAGAAGAUGCAGACGAGUUCAGACCCGAACGAUGGUUCACACCUUUUUCAUCACACGGAAAGGACAACUCUACUUAUACCUCAUGCGGUGGUUCAGCCUCGUCUUCGUCUUCUUCGUUUUCGGGGAGCAAAGGCGUACACGUACAAGGACUUUGGGGCAACCUGCUUACGUUCCUGAAUGGGAACCCGAUUAACGGGAAUAGGGCGUGUAUUGGGUAUCGCUUCGCCAUCAACGAGAUCAAGAUUUUCUUGUACGUCCUGCUACGUGAUAUUGAGUUCUCAUUGGAUGAAGAAGUCGAGAUCGAGAAGAAAGUCAAGUGCGUCGUUUUCGCCUUUUCGCCGUCAAACGUCGAAUCACAUUUGUUAUCGUUGGAGAUGGUAACAUGCUCAUUUUCAAUCUUUUUUUUUCCCAGCGUCGUCACUCGUCCUUGUGUCAAGUCUGAACCCCAGCUUGGAAAUCAAAUGCCUUUGCGGAUGCGAUAUGUCCCUCUAGACGAGCACUAACACACGCUCUCUCACGAGCCUGCCCUAAUGACCCUCUUGUCGUCCUCUCCCGUCCCGUCUCACCCUUCAUUCCUCCGUUUUAUCAUUUUGACUCGGAGCACACGCCACGUCAUGAACAUCGCUCACACCUCGUGUCUCCUCUCUGCUCUCCUCCUUCGGAUCCCUCUGUAGUACCUCAGAACUCAGUAAUUAUCACAUCAUCUUAUCUUCACUGCAUUGGUUUUUGUCCACCAGCUUCUAUACCUCGCUUUCUUUGUUUUGCGUAUCUAGCCUCAUUUAGUACCUGGACACCCGCCAUAUACACGUUGUACAGUAUCACCACCAUAGACGCAAAAAAUGAUACCUGUAUCACUCAAUCGCCACAGCACGCAAGAGACCCUCUGCUGCUCAUAUAGAAGAGGGGCGGAGAGGCGAACGUUUUGGCACCAUGUCCUAGAUUGACAUCUUUCCGGCAGAUUUCUGAUGUAUACUUACGGCACGUUUCCGGAUGUCGUUAGGCCUUCUGUAUGGACUCUGCCUCGAAGGCAGACACACAUGUGUGUUUCCCGUGUGACUGGGAUUUCAAUAGAGGAUCGCAUCUUUAUUGACGUAGAUGAAAUUUCUUAGACACCUCUCAUUGAGUACUCUGUAGAAACCUCUAUCUAGACACAGGAACACC